AUGGAGAAAACAGUACUCAUUGAGGACUUUGGUGAUUAUGAAACAAAGGUUGCCUCAAUGGUGAGUGCAGAUAAAUAUCUAUGGAUUGGAGGUCAGGAUGGCCGAUUAUACAUGUUCACGAUUGAUGAGCAUGUGGGCCCGACUGGAACGAAAUAUUCAGUCUCUCUCUUUAAAAAGAAGUUUGUUUCUGCAAAGAAAGCAAUUACAAAUCUUCAGAUAGAUCCUCCGCACAAAAAACUCUUUGCCCUUGUUGAUAAUACUGUUUGUGUUUAUGAUAUGACCACACUGCUUCAUUUAGAGACAUUGGAAGCUACCAAAGGAACACAUUGCUAUGCCAUCAACAAAAAUUACUCGCAUGAACUGGUCGCUGUGAUUAAAAGGAAAUUGAUCGUCUAUGAUUACAGAGAGCAAAUGGAGUUGGUUAGAGAAAUUAAGGUGCCCGGCAAUGAUAAUGUUAUCGGUAUUGAGUGGAUGAAGAAGACUAUAUGUUUAGGCUUCAAGAAUAGACACAUCAUGAUGAAUUACCAAACUGGAGAGAUCGAUGAAGAUUUACAAAAGUUGCAAUUAACAAAUAUCAUUUCAGAUGAAUACAGCAUGUAUGGAUGUUUUGUCAAAAUUAUUGGAACAACUUCUGGAAUACAGUGGAAAGAAACACCAACGGUGGUCAGCAUUUGUUUUCCGUUUUUACUUGGCAUUUCUAAAGGAAGUAUAGAAGUAUAUAACAUGUAUGAAAAAAAGUUUGAUGAGACAAUUGCGAAUGAUAAGGCUACCAUCUCCUCUGAUCAUAUGCAAAAAGUAUUUAUUUCUAAUAAGAAAACAGUAUCACUGUUGACACCAAAACCAAUUGACCAGCACAUUACAGAUCUCAUCGAUAAGAUGCGACUAUUAGAAGCUUUUGGGUUGUUUGAAAAAACUUUCCAGGGCACAAAAAAAGAAAAAGAGAGGGAAACUGUUUAUACCAACUUUUUACCUCAAAAAGCAAGAGGUGACUUGAAAGAUAAGAUUAAAAACGCUAUGGAGCAAGAGGGAGAGGAAACUACUCCCUUAAAAAUUGAUGUUAGGAUAAAGAACGCUAAAAAAGCAUUGCAAGAAUUCUUGGAAAAAUGCAGAAAAAUGAGAGUUGAUGAGUUCGGUCUCGACCAAUUGGCAGCCAUUGACUAUGCCCUUGCUCACUUGUAUCUAAAUGAAUUUAAAAAGUAUGGCCAGUUGAAGACAUUACUUCGAUCAGAAAAUCAUUUAAAACUCGAAAGUGGAGAGAUUUUGUUCAAAGAUAAUGCAAGAUAUCUUGCAUUCUUGUACUAUUCCAAGAAUGAACACCGAAAAGCUUUACAAAUUUUGAAAGAACUUGGACAAGGUAUUCGUAAGGAAACAACCACAGUAACCAAUGGUGUUGAGGAGUCCAUUGAACUGCUUUCAGAAAUCGAUGAUGAAGAUCUGGUGAUGGAAUAUUCAACUUGGGUUUUUGAAGCUGACGAAACUUCAGCAAUACAGGUACGUACAUUUGCAAGCAACCAAAUUUUGUAUAUAUUAAUCCAUCCUAAGAUUUUCACCUCCAGAAUGCGAAAGAAAAAAAUUAAUCCUCAUCGUGUCUUGUCGUUUUUGGCACAAUAUCCAAAAGAUUUAGAAAGAAGUUAUCUUGAAUAUGUCAUUGUCGUUGAAAGGAAUUGCGAAGAAAAAUUCCAUACUUCUCUCAUUUUGAAUUAUAUUGAUGCGAUCAUUGUUUUAAAGCCAGCCAAGUAUUUGCCUUUUGGUGUGAGGUUGGAGGCAGGAAAAGAAACAGGACUCUUAGGACAAAUUAGGGCUAGACUAAUUCACAUGCUAGAACACACUAAUUUAUUUAACAAGUACAGAGUACUAAGCAAACUACAAAAAACAAAUCUCUAUGAGGAGACACUUAUACUGUACAGAAAGCUUCAAAACCAUCAGGCUGCCCUCAAAUUGCUUGUACAUAAAAUUCAGGAUCUUGAAUGGGCAGAAAGAUAUUGCGUUGAUUGUUAUAUGCAAAUUCUCGAUGAAAUGCGCCACAAAGAAGAAGAAGAACUGAAAGAAGUCAUUAGGCGGAGACAUUUACAAUCAGCAGGUAUCGCUGAGAGUAUCAACGAUGAUCACAAGGACGACAAGAAAAAUAUGCUCAAAAAAGACUCCAGUUGUUUGGAAAUUUACAAUCCUCUAUUAUUGACCUUACUGAAUAUAUGCUGGUAUCCUGACAGUGGUUUUCCCAAGAAUGAAAGUUUUGCCAUUCAUAUCCUCACCACUCACGCAAAGAGUAUUGAUCCAAUGAAAGCGUUAGAGAUUUUACCUGUUGAUCUGCUAGUGAGCAAAGUGGCAGAUUUCCUUCGCCAAGCAAUGCAAUCGUCUAUCGACGUUGCAAGAAAUGUCCAGGUCAUCUACAAUAUGAGCAAAAUCAGGCACGUACAGACCAAGGUUGAUUUAGCAAAAGGCAAUGCUAGAAGAGUCAUAAUUGGAGAGGAACAAGGCAACAAGUGUGCAAGCUGUGGGAAAAGUAUAGAUGCUUGUUCUGUGUUUGUUGUUUUACCUGAUUUAUCCUAUGUCCACUUUAAAUGCAUCAACAAGCGUUCCAUCAACAUACAUCCUGUCACAGGGCGAAAUUUCAAGAAUUUUCCUGUCAACUUUGAUGACAUUUCUGAGGCUACAAUUUUAAAUCCUCCUUACCAAUAUUGA